AUGAAGGCGGGGAACACGACAUGCAAGAUGGAGAUGCUGUGGAACUGGAAUGUGGUAGACUCGUGCUUCCUCUCAAGCUCUUGGCACAUCACCAACAACGCCAUGUUCGCCGCAAGCUGCGUGGGCGCCGCUCUCCUAGUCGUCUGCCUCGAAUUCCUGCGACGCGUAGCCCACGAGUACGAUGCAUUUCUGCUGCGACAGUUCCAGCGACAACUGCGCGCUCAGCAAGCUGCGCUGGUAGCCGCUGCCCCGGCAAAUUGCUGCGACGGCCCGACUUCCACUUUGGGCACGCAGCAUGCGACGUUUCGAGCGAGUGCACUGCAGCAGUUGAUUCGAGCUGUCAUCCACGGCGUUAUCCUUGGGCUUGCCUACAUCAUCAUGUUGCUGGUCAUGUACUACAACGGCUUUAUCUUCAUCUCUGUUAUUCUUGGUGCGAUUCUAGGAAAGUUCCUUUGCGAUUGGAUGGUGGUGAGAAUACCGUACGAGAGCCCAGACGAAAAGGAGGAGCGGAGAUCUUCGAUUGGCGCGGCUGGACCGACGGGAUGCUGUGCAUGA